AAAGCAUUGGAGACUUAAAAAACAACAUAGGAGAAUUGUGUUUGGUCGUCCAACAGGAUUACUUUGUGGUAGCUUAACACUUUUCCACACGACUUUGGCACUUUUGUAAUCAUUCUUUUGGAGACCCUGCUUCUGUAAUCUAUUUAGACUUGUUUCUCCAAAGGAAAGUUCUCUCAAUGAGAAUCCAGUCCUCCGCGCGCACUUGAUCUCGGCGGGAGGAAGCGGACCAAAGGAAGAUGGCCAUCCACGCCGAGGGUCUCGUGGCUAUCGUGAUCUUCUACCUCCUGAUUCUGGUUGUGGGGAUCUGGGCCGCGUGGAAGAACAAGAACUCCGGUGUAAGCGAGAGCGGAGACCGGAGCGAGAGCAUCAUGGUCGGGGGUAGGGACAUCGGAUUGUUCGUUGGUGGAUUCACAAUGACCGCCACUUGGGUGGGUGGGGGUUACAUCAACGGGACAGCAGAGUAUGUCUACCUGCCAGACUACGGCCUGGCUUGGGCACAGGCACCCUUUGGUUACGCUCUCAGCCUGGUAGUAGGUGGCCUUUUCUUUGCCAAGCCCAUGCGUUCACGUGGAUACGUCACCAUGCUGGAUCCCUUCCAGCAGCUGUAUGGAAAAAGGAUGGGCGGCCUGCUCUUCAUCCCCGCACUAAUGGGAGAAAUCUUCUGGUCCGCAGCCAUUUUAUCUGCCCUGGGUGCCACUCUGAGUGUGAUCGUGGACAUAAACAUCAACAUGUCGGUGGUGAUCUCAGCCCUGAUAGCUAUCUUCUACACACUUGUUGGAGGACUCUACUCUGUUGCAUACACAGAUGUGGUCCAGCUCUUCUGUAUCUUUUUGGGCUUGUGGAUCAGUGUGCCUUUUGCCCUGUCUAAUCCUGCGGUGUCGGACAUCAGUGUCACAGCCAAGGAAGUGAUCUACCAGUCACCGUGGCUGGGGAAGAUUGACCCUAAAGACAAAUGGCUCUGGGCAGACAACUUCUGUUUGCUGAUGUUGGGGGGGAUUCCCUGGCAGGUCUAUUUUCAACGGGUUCUUUCUGCCUCUUCAGCUACCUACGCCCAGGUCCUUUCCUUCCUUGCGGCCUUUGGUUGCCUGGUCAUGGCCGUACCCUCUGUCCUAAUAGGAGCUAUAGGGGCCUCCACUGAUUGGAACCAGACUACUUAUGGGUCCAUCCCCCCAAAGGAUAAGGAUCAAUCAGACAUGAUCCUUCCUAUAGUGCUUCAGCACCUCUGCCCGCCUUACGUCUCCUUCUUUGGUCUGGGGGCGGUGUCAGCUGCGGUUAUGUCAUCAGCAGACUCAUCCAUUCUCUCAGCCAGCUCCAUGUUUGCCAGGAACAUCUAUCAGCUCGCCUUUCGGCAGUCGGCCUCAGAUACUGAGAUUGUCUGGGUGAUGCGCUUCACCAUCUUUGUAUUCGGUGCUCUUGCCACUGCUAUGGCUUUGUUAACAGGAUCCGUGUAUGGCCUGUGGUACCUGAGCUCCGACUUGGUCUAUGUCAUCAUCUUUCCCCAACUUAUCAGUGUGUUAUUUGUCAAGGGCACCAACACGUAUGGCUCUGUGGCUGGCUAUAUAUUUGGCCUUUUGCUGCGCAUUGGUGGAGGGGAGCCCUACCUCAAACUCCCUCCUUUCAUCUACUACCCGGGUUGGGUGAGCCAGGAGAGGAUCCACCACGUCACAGGGGAAGUAGAGCACUUUAUCCAGCAAAGGUUCCCAUUCAAGACUAUGUCCAUGCUGGCAUCCUUCUUGGCAAAUGUGGUCUUUUCUUACCUGACAAAGUACCUAUUUGAAAGCGGUUUGUGGUCACACAAGUACGACUUCCUGGACGCUGUGGUGUCCAAGCAUAGCAAGGAGAUCAUGGACAAGGCCACACUGGUGAGCAACCAAGAUAACAUCAUUCUUUCCGAGAUGGCGCCGGUCAAGCAGGGCCUGGGCGCGUCACUCGCUGGGACAUUCAUCAACACUGAUGUCCUCAGUGAUGAUGGGCCUUCCAGUCCAGAGGCUUUACUCAAUGAAAACUAGGCAACAAUGGCACAAAGAAAACUAAACCAAGGAAUUUGAAGAUGAAGGAAUAAUCCAAGAGGCAUCGAUAUUCUUCAGGAAACUUGCUACUGCCGCACUGGAAGCCAAAUCAACAGAAAUCUGCUGUGGCUUUCGAGUGACUCCACAAGUUUGUUUAAUGAUGAUAACAUGGUGCCUCCUUCUUUUUUAAGAUCCCAGGAAGUUGUCUGUCAAUAAGCUGUGUUAAGCAUACCAUACUCAUGCUUUUUUUUUAAAUCAUGAUUCUGUGAAUCUGUUUAAUUUAAGUGCUGCAACAGUGAUCAGAAGGACUUUCAGAGUAAAACAAGGAGUGAGUGCAGUGGACAUUGACGUCUACAAGGGUUUGCUGUGAGUAAUGACAAUAGUGCAAUAUCUAACCAAGGAGUUGUAUACAUGGCAUGCGUGUCCACCUAAUAGCAGUGUGUGUGGUGAUGAACAUGUGGUGUACACAUGCAACAAAGCAGUAAGUGCUCCAGAACCUUUUCACGCUUUGAGUUGUAAGUUUGCCUAGAGUAAAUGUACUAAUAGAGCAAUAAUAUUUGUAGGAUCUACGUUGUAUAGAUAAAUUGAACUGAAUUUGCAAGUUAUUGUCGUUGAGAUUUUAUUUUAUUUUUUGCUUAUUUUGUUUCAUGUUCACCUUGCUCUUAAAUCCCCUCACAUAAUCACUAAUCCAAGACACAGUACAUGUUGAAUUAAGAACCACAUGCCGUCAUAUUAGUAUAAUUAUCUAUCAUUUGAUAACCAUUUGUCAUUUAAUCAAUCUGUGAUAUAUUUUAUUUAAUAGAAAAUAUUGAUUAUAUCAGCUUUAAAAAAAAAAAGAUAAUGGUCAUUUUUAAACAUUAAAAUGAGACACAAAACAUGACUCUUUGUUGUCAAACUCAAACACAGUUGAACUCCAUACUUUUUGCACUGGACGUAAACGUGUACUGCAGAAUCCUCAUGUAUGAAUGUAAUUCCUUAAAAGCCUCAGCUUUCAUUACAUACCACCCUGAUAAAUAUCCAAUAGAAAGCAGUUUUUUCCUGUGUACCUUCUAAGCAGCCAUUGGCUUUCAUUCAUUUCCAUACGUUGUGAAAUUCAAUUUGCAAUCUUAGUUUUUGGCAAACUUAUGAUUGUGUGAAUGAAUAUGCAUUUACAACAGCAUUACCAAAUUACCAUAACAUUGACAAAUUAAAGCACAUUUGAUCAUUUUCAACAUUAAAUGAAAAGACAAGUAUGACAAUUCAGAAAUUUAAACCACUACAGUAACCUUUCAAAAUGAUUGCUAUUAAUAAACAGUAUACUAGGGCUGCUCGAUUAUGGGGAAAAAUUUAAUCAAAAUUACUUUGGUCAAUGUUGAUAUCACAAGAAUUUAACACGAUUACUCGUCGGCUUCUGAAAAGAUGUUGCAAUUAUCAAACUUAAACAGUGGGAAAAGUUAAAUAAAUCAAUAG